AUGAGAAUAUUUACAUUAAAAUUUAUUCCAGGUUUAACUGCAUGUUUAUGGAACUUUUCUUCUCUAAAUGAUAGUAAUGAAACUCAUAAAGACAUGACUGAAAGGGGUAAAACCAGCAGUCAGAGGUCAAAUGAACUCGAAAAUUUAUUUAUGAACUUUCCACUCAUUGUGUGGCCGAAGUUAAAUGAUUUCGGCAUUUGUUUAGAUAAUGCCGUGAAGCGAAGGGAUUUGAAAUUAUCUGGAUGGAAAUGGUUUUUCAGCAAUGCUUUUAAAAUGUUCACAACAUGUUACUUAAGUAGAAAAGUUUCAUGUUUACGUAAUAGAUCAAAGGAAAUGUUAAAGGCAAUAAAUACUCUCAGUCUUGUAUUAAUUGGAAAAAUGAAAUCCAAACGAUUUGUCUUUGAGGCCUUCAGAGAUCAUAAAGAUAUUUCAACUUUACUAACCGAUAUGCCACUAUGA